UGCCCCCGCCGCUGCCCUCCACGCCUCCGCGCCCCCACCUCCACCCCUUUCUCUCGUCUCUUCCUCCCCCUGCUCCUGCGUCCAGCCGCCGGGAGGGAGCCCCGGGCCGCGCCGCCGCCGUCCCCGCGCCCAUGUAUGAGGGCAAGAAGACCAAGAACAUGUUCCUGACGCGGGCGCUGGAGAAGAUCCUGGCCGACAAGGAAGUGAAGAAGGCGCAUCACUCCCAGCUGCGCAAGGCGUGCGAGGUGGCGCUCGAGGAAAUAAAAGUGGAGACUGAAAAACAGAGUCCUCCUCAUGGAGAAGCAAAAGCUGGAUCAAGCACCCUUCCACCAGUGAAAUCAAAGGCAAAUUUUAUUGAAGCAGACAAGUACUUUUUACCCUUUGAAUUGGCCUGCCAGUCCAGAUGUCCCCGCAUAGUUAAUACAUCUCUAGAUUGUUUACAGAAGCUUAUUGCUUAUGGGCACUUGACUGGCAAUGCUCCAGAUAGUACAACACCAGGCAAAAAGUUAAUUGAUAGAAUUAUAGAAACGAUUUGUGGCUGUUUCCAAGGUCCUCAAACAGAUGAAGGAGUUCAGUUGCAAAUAAUAAAGGCAUUACUUACUGCAGUAACAUCUCAACACAUAGAAAUUCAUGAAGGAACUGUACUGCAAGCUGUGAGAACAUGUUACAAUAUCUAUCUAGCAAGCAAAAAUCUCAUCAAUCAGACAACAGCCAAAGCUACUCUUACUCAGAUGCUAAAUGUGAUCUUUGCACGCAUGGAAAACCAAGCAUUGCAGGAAGCCAAACAAAUGGAAAAAGAGAGGCACCGGCAUCAUCAUCAUCUGUUGCAGUCUCCAGUAAGCCAUCAUGAGCCUGAAUCACCUCACCUUAGAUAUCUGCCACCUCAGACUGUUGAUCAUAUAUCCCAAGAACAUGAAAGAGACCUUGAUCCCCAUACAAAUGAUGUGGAUAAAAGCCUUCAGGAUGACAUAGAACCUGAAAAUGGAUCUGAUAUUUCCAGUGCAGAAAAUGAACAGACUGAAGCUGAUCAGGCAACUGCAGCUGAAACAUUAUCUAAAAAUGACAUAUUAUAUGAUGGAGAAAACCAUGACUGUGAGGAAAAGCCACAAGACAUUGUACAGAGCAUUGUAGAAGAAAUGGUGAACAUUGUUGUUGGAGUCAGGUGUGUUUGUAUGUUUUUUGUUCUUACCAUUGUAGAUAUGGGAGAAAGGACCAUAAAUGCAAAUGCAGAUGGCAACAUUGGAACUAUAGAGGAUGGUAGCGACAGUGAAAAUAUUCAAGCAAAUGGAAUUCCAGGAACACCAAUUUCUGUUGCAUAUACACCGUCCUUACCUGAUGACAGACUCUCUGUCUCUUCCAAUGAUACUCAGGAAUCUGGAAAUUCUUCAGGACCUUCACCUGGUGCUAAGUUUUCCCACAUUUUACAAAAGGAUGCCUUUCUAGUAUUCAGGUCAUUGUGUAAACUGUCAAUGAAACCGCUGUCAGAUGGACCGCCAGAUCCAAAGUCUCAUGAGUUACGAUCCAAGAUUCUUUCAUUGCAGUUACUUCUAUCCAUUCUGCAGAAUGCAGGACCUGUUUUCAGGACAAAUGAGAUGUUUAUUAAUGCUAUUAAGCAGUACCUGUGUGUUGCACUCUCAAAAAAUGGAGUCUCUUCUGUGCCAGAGGUUUUUGAGCUUUCCCUUUCCAUAUUUCUUACUUUGUUAUCAAACUUCAAGACACACCUAAAGAUGCAAAUUGAGGUGUUCUUUAAAGAAAUUUUCCUCUAUAUUUUGGAAACUUCUACCAGCUCGUUUGACCACAAAUGGAUGGUUAUUCAGACAUUGACAAGGAUUUGUGCAGAUGCUCAGAGUGUAGUGGAUAUUUAUGUAAACUAUGACUGUGAUUUAAAUGCAGCAAAUAUAUUUGAAAGAUUAGUAAAUGAUCUGUCAAAAAUUGCUCAAGGCCGGGGCAGUCAGGAACUUGGUAUGAGUAAUGUUCAGGAAUUAAGCCUGAGGAAAAAAGGUUUAGAGUGCUUAGUGUCGAUUUUGAAGUGCAUGGUUGAAUGGAGUAAGGAUCAGUACGUGAACCCCAACUCUCAGACAACUCUUGGUCAGGAAAAACCCUCAGAACAAGAGACAAGUGAUAUCAAACACCCUGAGACAAUAAACAGAUACGGAAGUUUAAAUUCCCUGGAGUCAACAUCAUCAUCAGGAAUAGGCAGCUAUAGCACACAGAUGUCUGGCACUGAUAAUCCAGAACAGUUUGAAGUCUUAAAACAACAAAAAGAAAUAAUAGAACAAGGGAUAGAUUUGUUUAAUAAGAAACCAAAGAGAGGAAUACAGUACCUCCAAGAACAAGGAAUGCUUGGCACUACACCUGAAGAUAUUGCUCAAUUCUUACAUCAAGAGGAAAGAUUAGACUCUACUCAAGUGGGUGAAUUCCUGGGAGAUAACGACAAGUUUAACAAAGAAGUCAUGUAUGCAUAUGUGGACCAACAUGACUUUUCAGGAAAGGACUUUGUUUCAGCCCUUCGAAUGUUUCUGGAAGGAUUCCGUCUUCCAGGGGAAGCUCAGAAAAUUGAUCGAUUGAUGGAAAAAUUUGCUGCAAGAUACCUAGAAUGCAACCAAGGACAAACCCUGUUUGCUAGCGCAGAUACUGCUUAUGUUCUGGCUUACUCAAUUAUUAUGCUGACCACAGAUCUUCACAGUCCACAGGUUAAAAAUAAAAUGACAAAGGAACAGUACAUUAAGAUGAAUAGAGGUAUCAAUGACAGUAAAGACCUUCCUGAAGAGUAUCUAUCAGCCAUCUACAAUGAAAUAGCUGGCAAAAAGAUAUCAUUGAAAGAAACGAAAGAAUUAGCAAUCCCUACAAAAUCAAGUAAGCAAAAUGUAGCUAAUGAAAAACAAAGAAGACUUCUGUAUAACUUAGAAAUGGAACAGAUGGCUAAGACAGCUAAAGCACUCAUGGAAGCCGUCAGCCAUGUUCAAGCACCUUUUACAAGUGCAACGCAUUUGGAGCAUGUGAGACCCAUGUUUAAGUUGGCUUGGACACCUUUUCUGGCUGCAUUCAGUGUGGGUCUACAAGACUGUGAUGAUACUGAAGUAGCUUCUCUUUGCCUGGAAGGUAUAAGAUGUGCAAUCAGAAUUGCAUGCAUUUUCAGCAUUCAGCUGGAAAGAGAUGCAUAUGUUCAGGCACUAGCAAGAUUUACCUUACUCACAGUGAGUUCUGGUAUUACUGAAAUGAAACAGAAGAACAUUGACACAAUAAAAACGCUUAUCACAGUGGCUCAUACAGAUGGAAAUUAUUUAGGAAAUUCAUGGCAUGAGAUUCUGAAGUGCAUCAGUCAGUUGGAGCUUGCACAACUUAUAGGAACUGGAGUGAAACCUCGAUACAUUUCUGGAACAGUGCGAGGCAGAGAAGGAUCUCUUACUGGAACGAAGGAUCAGGCUCCUGAUGAAUUUGUGGGGCUAGGCCUGGUUGGAGGAAAUGUGGACUGGAAGCAGAUAGCAAGUAUUCAGGAAUCCAUUGGAGAAACCAGUUCUCAGAGUGUUGUUGUUGCUGUAGAUAGAAUAUUUACAGGGUCUACAAGGCUAGAUGGAAAUGCUAUUGUGGAUUUUGUCCGUUGGCUCUGUGCUGUGUCUAUGGAUGAAUUACUUUCCACUACACAUCCAAGAAUGUUUAGUCUACAAAAAAUAGUAGAAAUAUCAUAUUACAACAUGGGAAGAAUAAGAUUGCAAUGGUCUCGAAUUUGGGAAGUUAUUGGAGAUCAUUUUAAUAAGGUUGGCUGUAAUCCUAAUGAAGACGUAGCUAUUUUUGCAGUAGACUCCUUGAGACAAUUGUCAAUGAAGUUCUUAGAGAAAGGGGAGCUUGCUAAUUUCAGAUUCCAGAAGGAUUUCUUAAGACCUUUUGAACAUAUAAUGAAACGGAACAGGUCUCCAACCAUUCGAGAUAUGGUUGUGCGAUGUAUAGCACAGAUGGUGAAUUCUCAAGCUGCUAACAUUCGGUCUGGAUGGAAGAACAUUUUCUCUGUAUUUCAUCUAGCUGCAUCUGAUCAAGAUGAAAGCAUAGUGGAACUUGCAUUCCAAACAACAGGGCACAUUGUCACUCUUGUGUUUGAAAAACACUUUCCAGCGACCAUUGAUUCCUUCCAGGAUGCAGUGAAGUGUUUGUCUGAGUUUGCCUGCAAUGCAGCUUUCCCAGACACAAGUAUGGAAGCAAUCCGACUUAUUCGCCAUUGUGCAAAAUACGUGUCUGACAGACCGCAGGCUUUUAAGGAAUACACAAGCGACGAUAUGAAUGUGGCGCCUGAAGACAGGGUGUGGGUGAGAGGAUGGUUCCCCAUCCUCUUUGAGUUAUCCUGUAUCAUCAAUAGAUGCAAAUUAGAUGUAAGAACCAGGGGCUUAACAGUAAUGUUUGAAAUAAUGAAAACUUACGGUCACACUUAUGAAAAACACUGGUGGCAGGAUUUAUUUAGAAUUGUGUUCAGAAUCUUUGACAACAUGAAAUUGCCAGAACAGCAGACAGAGAAAGCUGAAUGGAUGACAACGACCUGUAAUCAUGCCCUUUAUGCCAUCUGUGACGUGUUCACCCAGUAUUUAGAAGUGCUCAGUGAUGUGCUUUUGGAUGAUAUUUUUGCCCAGCUGUACUGGUGUGUGCAGCAAGACAAUGAGCAGUUAGCACGAUCUGGUACAAACUGCUUAGAGAAUGUUGUUAUCCUGAAUGGGGAAAAAUUUACCCUAGAAAUCUGGGAUAAAACUUGUAACUGCACACUGGAUAUCUUCAAAACUACAAUCCCACAUGCGCUUUUGACGUGGCGUCCCACUUCCGGAGAAACUGUCCCCCUACCUUCCUCUCCUGUGAGUGAAAAACAGUUGGAUACAAUAUCACAGAAAUCUGUAGAUAUCCAUGAUUCUAUUCAACCAAGAUCUGCAGAUAAUAGACAGCAAGCAACAUUGGCUUCUGUCUCUACAGUGAAUGAAGAAGCCAACAAAAUUAAACCUUCAGCAAAAUAUCCAGAACAAAAACUGUUUGCUGCCCUGUUGAUUAAAUGUGUUGUGCAGCUGGAACUCAUCCAGACUAUCGACAACAUUGUGUUCUUCCCCGCCACCAGCAGGAAGGAGGAUGCGGAGAACUUAGCUGCAGCCCAGAGAGAUGCCGUGGACUUUGAUGUUCGAGUUGAUACUCAAGACCAAGGAAUGUACCGCUUUUUAACAUCACAACAGCUUUUUAAGCUACUGGACUGCUUAUUAGAGUCACAUCGAUUUGCAAAAGCAUUUAAUUCCAACAAUGAACAGAGGACUGCUCUGUGGAAAGCAGGUUUUAAAGGCAAAUCCAAACCCAACCUUCUGAAGCAGGAGACGAGCAGCCUGGCCUGUGGGCUGCGCAUUCUCUUCCGGAUGUACAUGGAUGAGAGCCGGGUUAGUGCCUGGGAGGAGGUCCAGCAAAGGCUUUUAAAUGUGUGCAGUGAAGCACUGAGUUACUUCCUUACUCUGACAUCAGAGAGUCAUCGGGAGGCCUGGACUAACUUACUGCUUUUGUUUCUAACGAAAGUUCUGAAGAUAAGUGAUAACAGGUUCAAAGCUCACGCAUCAUUCUACUACCCUCUCUUAUGUGAAAUUAUGCAAUUUGACUUGAUUCCUGAACUUCGUGCUGUUCUUAGAAGAUUUUUUCUGCGAAUUGGAGUGGUUUUUCAGAUAUCACAACCACCUGAACAGGAACUUGGACUAAACAAGCAGUGAUGGGAACUCAGCGUUCUUCUCUUGGCGUUUACAUCCCUCUGAUCUUUAAAAGGACCCUGGAGCUGAGAUUUCCUACCUGGAAAAUGGUUUCUCUGAAUUUCAGUGUCUAAGGGUUACUGACUGGUAAAGUGCUUAGAACUAGAACUCAGUCUUGCAACGCUCCAGCCCUCUCCGUGAUGGACCUCGUGUGUCAUGUUGAGCAGAAAGCCCAUUUCCAGUGUCAGCUCUGCUCACAGGUCCUUCCCUGGCCUCAGAGGCAGGGAGAGCCCCACAUACUUUUGGCAGGUGUGGAAGUGAAACUUACCCAAAGAACUAUAGAUGUAAAGAUUUGAACUUCUGUAGGAAGUACAACUCAGGAGAGCUGUAUUUUGAAGGAUAAAAUGUUUAUAAUUGGGGAGUGGGGGGAGAAGAAAUUAUUGUUCAUGGUAAAAGAUAUUUAGCAACUAUGGUAUUCUUAUUCUGAAAUUUUUGCACACUCAGGCUACCUGAGAUACUGGUAAUCAUCCUUCUGUGAAAAAUGUACAGAGACGACGCAGGUCUGUAAUAUAAAAAUCUUAAACAUGAUAUAGUUCUUGCACUGUUUUCUUUAUUUUCUUAUUCAUUUGCUAAAUACCUAUACUAUUUUGUCAAAUGCACUAAAAAUUUGGGUUUAACUUUUUGUCUUUUUAUUUUGUGGGGAUUUUUGUUUUGCCCUUUUCGGGGGGGUUGAUAACUUUGAAGGAUUAACAUGCCCAGAAGCUGUUGUGGCUGAUACUUGUCAUGAUCAACAACAACAACAACAACAAAAAGGGUAGAAAAUAUCCCUACUGACAUAACUACCUGUAAUAUACUUCUCUUAGGGCUUUUAAAGAUGAGCCAUUAAAAUAGAAUGAUCCUUCAUGGACUGAACUUGAAUCACUGCAAAAUGAAUCUAGGCUGCUGUCACUUUUUCUUUUGGGUGGCGGGGCUUGAUGUAGAUUUUAUUCUGUGUACAGAACUUAAUGUUGAAUAUAUUAAAAUAACUCUGGCAUGGUUUGGGGAGGUUAGAUUUACUGGAAAUGUAUUCAUACUGUGAAUUGUGCUCUGAUGGUUAAAAAUUACAAGAUUGUCAAGCAUUCCGUAUUAACAGUGGAUGUAGAAAUUUUUUCAGAUGGAUAAAAUGUAUAUGGUACAGAUGUAAAGUUUUCUAUGUAAAAAAUUCUGUACAACUUUCUGUACAAUAUUGAUUCUCAUCUGGCAUAUUCUAAUCAGGUUAUAGGUCAAUAAAGUUUUUGGAUUAUUUCAUCAGUGCAAUCAAA